AAAUGAAAAAGCUUACUCCCUCAAUAACUUUUUCCCCCUCGCUCAAAAUUGAAGUAACAAAUCCUUGAAAGCGUUUCAAUCUAUUUUUUGAGAGUUCUUGCUGCAGCAUUCAAAUCCAUCGAAAAAGUCACUACUCGACGACGACGACAAGAAAAUGAGGCGCGCGUACGAUUCUUCCAAGAAAAUCAGGAUUCAAGAAAAGAUGAAAAAAAUAAGGCAAUGUGAGACUGAAAAUGAAGAAAAUGAAGACAAGCUAAGUGACUUACCCGAGUGUGUUAUCCUUCACAUUUUAUCAUUUUUGGACUCCAAACAUGCUGUUCAAACCUGUGUUUUGUCCACAAGAUGGAAGCAUCUUUGGGCACGUAUUCCUACCCUUAUAUUACAUUCCUCAAACUUUUCAACUGUCAAGAAAUUUGCCAUAUUCGUGUCUAACAUUUUGACUCUUCGCAAUAGCUCAACUUCUCUGCAAGCUCUCAAUCUUGAUCGUCGUGGUGAUAUUGAACCUCAACUCCUUAAAAAGAUUUUAAAUUAUAUUUGCUCCCAUAAUACCCACCUCCACGAAUUAGGAAUCUCUCUCCGUGGUGGAAGUGGUUUCAUUCUGAACUGCGUUUCUUCAUGCCACGCUCUUACAUCUCUUAAGCUUUCACUUCCCCCUAGAGGUGGUCAUUAUUAUUUUACUUCUGAAGAAACAUUAUUUCCAAAAUCUUUGAAUUUGCCUUUGUUGACCAACUUAGAUUUAGCAAAUUUAGUCUUUUGCGGUGGUGAAAGCGGUUGUGCUGAUCCCUUUUUGGCCUUUCCAAAGUUGAAUAGUUUGGGCAUUCGUUGUUGUAAGAUAAAGGAUGCUCAAAUCCUCAACAUAUCAAGUGAGACACUUGUCAAUUUAGCUAUACAUUAUCCUUUGGAAAAAAUGAAGUUAUCUUACCAUGACACUUCAUCCAAAUUUGCCAAAAUAGAGCUAUCUACUCCAAGUCUUUGUACAUUUACUUUUAUUGGUAGUCUUAUUCAAAAAAUAUGCGGGAGCGGACUUUCCUCUGUUAAACAAGUAAAUAUUGAUGAUUCACAUCAGCUUUAUGCUUCAGCGGGGAAUGGUUUGAUUCUACUCAGCUGGCUGCUAGACUUUGCGAAUGUAGAAUCAUUUAGAGUCACUUCAACUACUCUUCAGAUUCUCUCCAUAGUUCCUGAUUUAUCGAAGGUUAAGCUACAUUCUUUAUGUAACUUGAAGUCAUUGGUAAUAGAAAUGAUACCAUUUCAUGAUGGAUCUUCAUCCCGCUCAAUCGUAGAUGCCUUGUUAAAGAAAGAUGCUGCCAUGUCAAGUAAAGAAGUUGCUAAGUUAAGAAAGACAUUUAAAGCUCGUUUGGAACCACCUGCCAUACCUAAUGGAAUAGUAGACUUCUUGCGACAAAACUCACCGUCUGCGGAAGUUAACAUCUUUACAGAUUACUCGGAUUGUUUUAAUCUUAAGCAGGUUGUAGAAUCUAUAAAGGGCGCUAAGAUCAUCAGCUAUCGUUCCAAACUUGCCACGUCUGCCCCCUCCUCUGCCCCACCUGCUUCUGCUGCUGAAUAUGCUCCUCCUACUGCUCCUGCUUCUGCCUCCAUGCCUGCUUCUGCCGCUGUGCCUACCUCUGCUGCACCUCCCAAACUUCAUUUCUAUUGCGCUGAAAAGGAUGAUAAAUCAUCAGCUGAAGAUAAGAAGGAGAAGCACCAAUCUAACACCGACUCUCCACUUCUAGAUAAUGGGCAGUGAAGAGUUCUCAUAUUUCAUACAAAUUACGAUGCCUUCUCUGUGAACCUUUCUAACUGGUGUUAUUUUUUACCGAAACAUGUUUGACUUGACAAGCAUUUGGUCGAUCACAUGAACUCUUCAUUUGAGGUCCAUGACUUUAUCUAACUGGUAGUCUCCAAUUUUAAAGCCAAAUUGUAAUAUACUUAUUUAGGUACUAUUCCGGAGUAUGUCUUGAAUACUAAAUUGCAGUAUACAAAAAACCUAUACGCUGUAUAUUGUAUGUGUAAUAUGUCCUUGUCUUUUGUUGUUCGAAGCUGUCACGUAGCAGUUAGUUGCUACUAGACCUUGUUUAUCGAUGACUUUUAGUGUUGUGCUAUGAUCUUGUACGAAAAAGUACGUUGCAUUUA